CAUAAUCAUUCACUCAUUCCGUAACGUGAACGGAACGCGGAUAGUGGAAACAUGUCUGCCGUUUGUGUUAUUUGACGUAAAUAUUGACGAAAAUCAAGUUUCUGUUUUCAUAUGCGUAGUGAUUAUCGGUGCUAUUUCAUUUUUAUAAUGUGUGUGGAUGUGCAGUGAUCCGUUCAUAUGAGGCUGCUAUACAAAACAGGUCCAAUGGAGUCACUAAGAAAGUGGUUCUAUAAACCGAAGAGGGACGACCGGUCGCUUCUGGCGCAGUUCUUCUUCGCCGACGACGCUCUCAACAUGGUCGCGGCUGAGUUGGACUCGUUUGACGGCCGGAAAGACCCGGAGAGGUGUUCCACGCUCGUCAACCAGCUAAGACAUGCACAGGACCGCGUACUAAACAUCACAAGUCAGAUAAUGGACCAGUUGCUGGGUGACGAGCGGGUGGCGCGUGGCUUCCGAGUCAAGUUCCCAGAAGACGUGCUGCAAGACAACCUGGCUGGACAGCUUUGGUUUGGAGCUGAGUGCCUAGCCGCGGGCUCCUCGAUAAUGAAUCGCGAGGAGGAAUCAGCGGCCAUGCGUCCGUUGGCAAAGGCGCUCACUCGAAGCUUGGAGACUGUUCGCUCUCUGCUGCGUGAGCAGUGCCUCAGGCCUCGAGGCAUGGCACUGUCGCAGCAUGACGAUAUGCUGCACGAGAGCCUUAGGAUAUUUGACAGGUUGUUCGCGGAGUUCGAACUAUGCUACGUCAGCGCUAUGGUGAAUGUUAAGACCCCGCACGAGUUUGAAGCACAACAGCUGAUCUGUGUUCUGUUUUCCGAGAGCUUGAGGCGGGCGCUUAAACAGAACUUGCUCACUCAAGAACAGGUGGAUUCAUACGACCCUGCCCUCAUGUUCGCUGUGCCGAGGCUGGCUAUAGUCAGCGGAUUGCUGAUAUACUCCAGCGGACCACUCAGCAUUGAUAAAUCACCAGAGGAGAUGUCGGACAUGUUCCGUCCGUUCCGCACUCUGCUGCACAAGAUCCGGUCGCUGCUGUGGACGCUGGACCGCCGCGAGCUGCUCGCGCUCGAGCGGCUGCUCUGCACCAACGAGGACAUCUCCAACCUGGCCGCGUUGGACCUGCCCAACGACCCUGAAUCGUCGAACGACUGGUCAUGUCCCUACCCAGACUUGGGAGAGUUCGUGUCGAGAUUCUACGCCGACCACGCUAACUGCCGCGACUUAUACUCGCAUCAAAGCUCAACAGAACCAAUAAUAACAGACGGCGACUAUCUCCCCGACAACAUAGAAGUGAUGACUCCCAUUAUAGACGGUCUACGUCGUCUCAGCGAGGGCACUGACCCUACCGACCAUCUCUCCGAACACGACACCAACAAGACUUCCCGACACUACUCUGACACAACCAGCACUGACACAUUCCAGACCACAGACAGCAGAGAAUACAUCGACAGAACAAGAAAAACUAGCAAAGCAGAAAGCAGCGACCUCUCUUCUCUAAGAAACUUGUCCACAAACGGCCUAAUGAUGUUCGAUCCUUUAGUUAUUAACGCCGUCUCUGCCUCAACUAGUGAUACAAACAGACAGUUGCCAGAUCAUGAUCUAGUGACGUCAUUAAACGAACAAGUCACAGAAAUCGCUGAUCGAUUGUCCUCGAUAGCUGCUAGUGAUGUCGAUAUUAUCGAUCACAAUCACUCGUUUUCCACAAAUGAUGUCCCUACACUCAUAUCGACUGAUGAUUCGGAGGCGUACGGGUUUUCUGGUCCGAGAAAUGAGCAGUUGAGUUGUUUGCCUUCAACGAGUCACGGGUAUUUGAUACCAAAUGCUAUCAGCCACGAACCAGCGGUACUGUCCUCUCUAUCACAUAAUAACUCUGCGGUUUUUAACCAAGAAGAUGAAUCCGGCAGCGAACUUAACGGUGCAAUGCUAAACUCUGAUCUCCCGCUCAUUAUCCCUGACAAUAUUGACGCGGACAUUGUAAAUACUAAUAUAUCGAUAGCUAACGCCAAUUUAAGUUCGCUUCUACUAACCAAUGAGGAGUAUAAUACUUUAGAAAGUGAAGCGGCCGAUGAUGAUAAUACAAGUUUCCAUUCAGCUAAGAGGACGAUAGACGCGGAGGAUGAAAGAGUUAAGUUUAUGUUAGGUUACGAAAGCGACCACGAGUCCCCGGUCGACUCGGGCGUCAGUACUGAGAACACUAGUUUAGAUAGAUCGCCCGACACCGACCAGAGUAAAGAUAUCAAAGACAAUCAUUUCAUGCAACAAAACAGGGUACUAAAAAGUCCGGAUGCGGAAGCGGAUGAUGACAAACACACCAAAAACACGCUAGAGAGUUCCUUUUCCGAUGUAAAUAAUGACGUUACUGUAAAUAUUAAUUAUGUGGAAGACGAGAGCAGUAAGAACGAAGCUGGGGCGUCUUCAUCUAUAAUGGAUAAGGUUAUCAAUAGGUUAAGUUCUGACGAGGAAGGGUUGAAUGAGGCGACUAAUGUAAAUAGCGAGGCAAGAAGAGUUCUCCAUGAUUGGGGUGCAAACGCUACUGAAGAAGAAUAUAGAACGAUCGAUGAAGUGAUUACAGAGUUGAGAAGACAUAGAGAGUCUGAUAAGAAGAUUAGUUCGCUAGUUGACGAAGACAAUAAUGUUAGUUCUAACGCCGAUGUUGGCCCGUCCCAAUGUAGCAGCCGGCCCAAGAAGAGUCGGAAGGCUAAUACUAAGAUUAAGAAGAAAAAGAGUAAGAUAUGGUCGCGUGGCAUGGUGAUAUUAGAUAAUCGCUCGGCACAGAACGAAAAUAGCCCUUUGAGAUUGAAUUUGGAUCAUUUUGUUGAUGAGAGUGGUACAUCUUGCGGUGCGUCAGAAUGCGCGGACGACGAACAAAUAGCUCUCGCUUUACAAGCGCAGGAACUCGCCGCCAGACAACAUGCAAGAGGGAAGUUCAAAUCAAGCGAAGACCUGAUCCACCGUCUCUUCGUAUGUAUAGCGGGAGUCGCGGACCAGUUACAGACGAAUUUCGCGGCCGACUUGCGAAACAUACUGAAGUCUGUGUUCCUGAUGAACCAGUCGCCCGACCCGCCUGAACCGGUGGAUGAGAAGCCGCCCGCUAUUGAGUAUGAAGCUACUGAGGACCAGGUUAUACAGAAUGGCAGCUCAUUCGACAGCGUGUACUCAGCAGAGGAGGUAUACGCUGACAGUGCAUCAGACAGCACGUCGGACGGCAGCGGCCGCGUUCCGCGACGGAGCGCGGACGCCGAGCCCGCCGCGCCGCCCGAGCCGCAGCGACGCAAGAGUGUGGAUGCGGGACAUAACUUGCAAGCUUCUGUGUCUACUGGAGAUCUUACUUAUAGGGAGGAGCGAGCGCCAGCCCCAGAGCGUCUCCCCGAGUGGGUGCCCGACAUCGCGGCGCCCGCCUGCAUGCGAUGUGCCGCACACUUCACCGCCUUCCGACGCCGACACCACUGCCGCAACUGUGGGAAAGUAUUCUGCGCAUCAUGCAGCUCAAACUCAAUUCCUUUACCCCGCUACGGCCAGUUAAAACCGGUUCGCGUCUGUGACGAGUGCUUUCGCUCCAUCGCCAGCCACUGCCGCCGGCCGCAGCCCUCGCAGUAUCGGUGAAAUAUUAUGAUAUACACGCUAGCUGUUUAUCGGCAGACUUAUAGAUGUCAGUGAGGUAAGCGUCAAUCGUAGAGGUAUGUAUUUUUAUUUCAAAGUCAAAGUCUUUAAAAGCUCUUUCGAAAUGUCUGUCACGGUUCUUUGCUGUGGAAAUGUAGUGCGUUGAUCUUACUGGUCAUUAAAAGACGUAACGGGGAUAAAAAGUAGUGAUGGUAAUUAGUCUGUCUUUUAGAUUAGCUGAAAUCUUUUUAUUUCAGCAUAACCUAAAAACAUAACUGAGAUAUAGCGCAUUAAAGUUUGGAAGAUUGUGACGUUACGGUUAAGAUUCUACAAAUUAAAAUGUACUGUAACUUAUUUUUUUUUUAGAUUGUGGGGAAAAGAUAAAUAUGAGUAAUUUUUUUUGGCUAAUCUAAAAAAUGGAGUAUUUACAUGUUGUCAUCUAUUUUAAAUCGGUCUUAUGCCUGUAGUUUCAUCCUAUUAAUACAAUAAUUAGGCCAAGUACGAUUAAACUGCAGUAUGCUCGAAGUGAGCUUUCAACCAAAAAAAGGAAAUUCUCUUUCGUCAUUCACAUCUACAUUUCUGCGAACCUCAUACAAUUGACGCUUACGCUCUACCGACGAUAAAAGUUUGUUUAAGGCUAGUGUUGUUCAUGAACUUUCUAGUUGUUAUCAUACUGUUGGAGUUAACCUUGUUUUUAAAAGAUGGUCAAAUUACGUCACGGUGAGGUAUGAUGUAUCUAAGAAAAAAUACAAGAAUUUUACCGUCAGUUCGUUCUAAGAAUAUGUUCAUAUGGCGCUUCUUUGCGCAAAAUUUGCGCAAACAUAUGGCUGGUAUGUAUGCGCAAUAUUAUCUUUGCGCAAAAGGCAUCAUAUGGAUUAUAUCUUAAUAUUUCUGGAUUGCCAUUCUUCCAAAAAACAUGACCUCUAUAAAAACCAGGUUAGCGCCAGACAUUUAUAUUCUUAACUAUAAAGGUGAAUUUAUUCGUCUGAUUUGUUUUAUACUUAUAACAAUUGUUUAUCAGACAGUGCAUGAUGGUUUAACAAAAUGCCAAAAUCUAUGUUGAGUUCAAGUAAAUUGUUAAAUUAAUUCUCCUUUGUAUUCGUCCAAAUAAUGUAUAUUUACUAUCAUCCACGUGAUAUUUGAAAUGUUAUUCCAAAAUACAUUUUAUUACCAUUAUAUAGGGCGUAUAUUUGAAUCGCAAGUAAGUUUCACUCAUUUUGUUUAUAUUAACGAGUAGAAAUAUUAAUUAUUUUGCUUAGUUUGACUUAUUUUUACUAUUUUGUAGUUAUAUAAACGAUAUUGUUUUAGUUUCGAUUCAAAUAUACGCCAAUUAUAUUCCCCAAGUUUGUUGAUAGCGGUGUUUAAUAAAUAAAUAAAAAUAUGUAUAGUUUGUUUCAUAUUGACUGAUAUAAAUUUUCGUGUAAGGAAUUUCCAUAUUUUGUUAGGUAGCUCUCUAAAAUAUUAAUGUUGUUUGCUACGUGUUUUAUUGUAUAAGUUGUGUUGCUUGCAAAUAUCAAUAUGACGCGAACACCAUUUCCUUAAAGACAUUAGUGAAUUGAACUAUCAUCACAAAACAAGUUUGAUAACUGUCUUCCUUUCACAGAAAACAGGUUGUGUUUUAAUAUUUCUCAAAAUUUUGUAGACCAUAGAACUUAAUUAUUUCUCAAAAAGCUUUAUAAUAAUUCAGAUAUUCUUGAACAGUCUUCCUUAUUGCUCAUAUUUUUUAAGAACAUAAUUUGACCAUCACAAUCCGCCUCUGUUAUGUGUAUUUGUAAAUAAACUUGGCAUUUUAAUGUUUCAUAACUAGAUGUGUCAUUUCAUCGCGUCUGCAAGCAACACAUCGACAUCGCCCCAAGAUAAAUAAUGGAAAUUGUUUCGUUUUAGAGUAGUUAGGGACAUUCGAAAAAUAUAUUUUUAAGAAUACUAUUGUCUGAUUGAAUUGUUAGGUCAUUACUUUAUUUAGUACUCCGAAGUGUUGGGACAGAAACUUCGCAAAUAUCGACAUCGAUAUUCUGUCCCAACCCUACGGCCUACGAACCUAAUAUUAAUCUACGACUUUAAAUAAAAAAUAAAACUUUAAAAAGAUUCCAUAAUUUUUAUAUCCAACACUUUAGAUUUUUAAGCAUUCUUUUAAUGUUAAGGUAUAACGUUGAAUGUUUGUAAAUUUUGUAAAGCUAAUGAGUGUAUCCACGUACCCCAUAGAUUUUGUAUAUUGCAAAUGGUGAAUUAUGAUAGCUAUUUUCAAAAAAUGUUAUAAGUGAUAGGUAUGAUAUUUUAACGUGUAAAUAAAUUUCGUUAUUAGA